AUGACGAUGUGCGUUUUGCAUUGUAUUUGUGCAAAUGCAGAAUUCAUCCAAAUGAAUGAAGAACAUAUUAAAAACCCGCAAGACAGCGUGCAAUCGCAAUAUUCCGAGUGCAAAAAAGAAAACUGCACUAUUGGUGAAACUAUUGUAGACUAUGGAUGUAAACGAGCGGAAAUGAAGUGUGCAACUAAUAUGAAAUUUAAAGUUAUCUCUGAACUGAAAUCGAAUGGCGCUCAUCGUUUAACAAAAUGCUUCUUACGUUGCGAAUGCGACAGUAACAAUUUCAUUGAAAAGAGUGGCAAAUGUAUUAAAAAAGUCCCUAAUGAAGAAGCGAAGUGCAAGCAGGAGAACUAUGCUCUUGGAGAAAUUGUUGUGGCCUCUUCGUGCAUACAAACUGAAACGAAAUGUGGUACUAAUAUGGUGUUUAAAUUAAUCGGCAAAUUGGAUUCUUUGAGCGACGCAAUCUGGUUAAGAAAAUGCAUAAUGCGCUGUAGCUGUGAUAAUAAUUAUUUCAUAGAAAAAAGCGGCCAAUGUGUAAGAGUUAUUCAUGAAAGAGUUCCGAUUUCAAGCAUUCAGCCCUCAUCAAAACAUAAGUCAACCGCUUAUUCCCCUUUGUCGUGCCAAAAUGGAAAUUGCCUUGGACAAAUUAUUUGGGAUGCGUGUCACCGAAUUGGGAAUAAAUGUGGAACUAAUAUGGUAUUCGAUUUAGUUUAUGAAAACCAUAGUGGAGAUUCGUGUCUUAUGCGUUGUGUAUGCAAUAGUGAAUCGGUCGAAAAUAAUGGACGAUGUGUAGAAAAUUCACUCAUCAAUGAGAAAACAAUACAAAAAUUUAUAGCGCCGCGUUUGCCGAGAAUUAAUGAGAAAUUUUACAAUUCCGAUUGCCGACAAACUCAGUUGGCUUGCGGCAGAAAUAUGAAAAUAAUUUCGAUUUGGAAAAAUCCCACCGAUCAGGAAAACCGAUUUGCUUGCAUUCAAUUCUGCGCUUGUAAUGAUGGAUUUGUCGAAUUUAAGGGACGUUGCAUAAAGCAAUCAUAA